CACCCGGCAGUAGUCCAGGAAGUCGGCCCCGCCCUUUCCUCUUUCUCUCGAACCAGGCGGCCUCAGCCGUGAACGACGCAGCAAUGGCCAAGAUUAAGGCUCGGGACCUGCGCGGCAAGAAGAAGGAGGAGCUGUUGAAACAACUGGACGAUCUGAAGGUGGAACUCUCCCAGCUUCGCGUCGCCAAAGUGACAGGCGGCGCCGCGUCCAAGCUCUCCAAGAUACGAGUCGUACGCAAAUCUAUCGCCCGUGUCCUCACUGUCAUUAACCAGACUCAAAAAGAAAACCUCAGGAAAUUCUACAAGGGCAAGAAGUACAAGCCCCUGGACCUGCGACCCAAGAAGACUAGAGCCAUGCGACGCCGGCUCACCAAGCAUGAAGAGAGGCUGAAGACCAAGAAGCAGCAGCGGAAGGAGCGGCUGUACCCACUGCGCAAGUAUGCAGUCAAGGCCUGAGACGACAAUGACAAUAAAGUACAAGACUGACUAG